UGACUUUUUAAAAAUGUUUGAAAAGUCCAAUUGGUUCAUUCUGUUUCUUGUUUUGUAAGACUUUCAUUCUGUUUCUUGUUUUUGUUAAGACUUUUUUUCUGGUUCAUAAACGUUGUAUCCAUUCAGUUAUUUAAUAGAAUAUCGUUUUACGUAAAACAGUAUAAAAAAUAAAAAUAAAAGAAAAGUAUUCGUGUUUGACCAAAAAAAAAGACUAAGUAUAUAAAAAAACUAUAUUUUCGUAAGACUAGUUCUGUUAUCCCAACAAGUUAAUCGUUGACUUGAAAUGCAAGAAAAAAACAAUCAUGUUUUUGUAGACAUUCCAAGAAAUCAUCAAUUCCCAGGUUAACUUUCUUGUCCAAAAGGAACUAAAAUUUUUAGGCAGAGCGUAAUAUGGAGAGACCAGUGAGCUUUGACGUGACCGACUAUAACCCGGAGGGAGAUGACUGGAGCAACGACUUAAUACCUCACAGAGAUUCGAUGAGCAGACCAUCGUCACCACCGAUCCACCAAAAUCCGGAAAUGAAAGUCCCUGAGGACGCAACGGAGUACGUGACCAUCACGCUAGACAUUGUGGGAAACAACGUGGUCGUUGAGGAGAACGCAGAGCCGAUGGUACGGAGGCGGCAAGAGUCGAGGAAGAAGUCUGUGGUGAAUCGUCGUACACUCGAUGAACCAUCAAGAUCGAAGUUUGACUCGUCAGAGGCCUUGAAAGGUUUUACAAUGUUCAUCAGCAUGACCGAUGCUGGUUGGAUCGCCGUGGAGAGGCGGUUUGAUAAGAUGACUGCCAAAACUGGUGGAUUGCUAGAUCCGUUAAAUUUUGGUGAAUGCCUAGGUAUAAACUCGAAGGAAUUUGCCUUGGGAUUGUUUUACACAUUGGCAAGUCAAAGAGAUAUAUCAUGUGAGGGGGUUAGUAAAAGUGAACUAUUGGAAUUAUGGUGUCAAAUAAAUGAUCAAUGCUUUGACUCCAGGCUUAGGAUGUUCUUUGACAUGGCAGAUAAGGAUGGUGAUGGUAGACUAUCAGAAGAAGAAGUUAAACAGUUUAUAAGGCUUACUGCAUCCGCAAACACUCAAUCCACCACACAGAACAUGGUUGAUAAAUAUGCAGCAAUGAUCAUGAAAGAGCUUGAUCCAUAUGAUUUUGGAUACAUCAUGAUGGAAAGUCUUAAGGAAUUACUGCUGGAUGUGGAAACACUCUCUGAAAAUAAAAUAACAAGUACUGAUCAGGAAACAAAGAAGCCUACAACAAAGAGAUGGUACAAAGUUAUUCGAGACAUCCCAUCCUCCUCUUUGAUUCCUUGCUUGAAGAAGACAUCAUCUACAAAGAAGACAUGAUUCGUCAAAUUCUCAAGCGUACAUCACAUGAACAGAAAUGGAUUACAAGUCACAACUCACAAGACACGUAAACAGUCCAAACCCACCUCAAAACUGUUUUGUUUUUUUCCAAUUUUGUAAGAUUAUACUUUGAUUACAUUUGAAGUAAAUCGUGAAACUAUGUACUUUUUUUUUCCAUUUGGACUGAUUAAAGUCGAUUUAUCUUACUGAUUAA